UAAUCUUAUGCAUAGAUUGACUAUACUUUACCUGGAAUCAACUUUCUCAAAUGGCUUCCUCCUUUUCUGCUUCAGCUAGCAUCCCCACAAGAAAAUAUGAUGUCUUUAUCAGUUUCAGAGGGGAGGACACUCGCGAUAAUUUUACCAGCCACCUAUAUGCUGAUUUGUGUAGAAAAAAGGUCCUGACCUUCGUAGACAACAACCUCAGGAGAGGAGACGAGAUUUGUUCAUCACUCUUGAAAGCAAUUGAAGAAUCCAAGCUUUCUGUGAUUGUUUUCUCUGAAAACUAUGCAUCCUCCAAAUGGUGCUUGGACGAGCUUGUAAAGAUCCUGGAAUGCAAGGAAAUGAAUGGACAGACGGUUAUACCGGUGUUCUACCAUGUCAAUCCAUCUCAUGUAAGGAAUCAAACUGAAACUAUUGGGGAAUCAAUCGGUGAACUUGAACUAGUAACAGAAAAGAUGGAAAAGGUGAAGAGAUGGAGAGCUGCCUUGAAGGAAGUGGCUACUCUAACUGGGUGGCAUUCGCGGAACAUUAGAUCAGAGUCUGAACUUAUUGAGGCGAUUGCUGGAGAUAUCUUGAACAAGUUGUAUAAAAUGUCUCCUGGUCACUCUAUGAAUCUGGUUGGAAUUGAGGAACAGAUCAAGAUAACUGAAUCUUUGUUGUGCAUGGAGUCACAAGAGGUUCGGAUCAUAGGAAUAUGGGGAAUGGGUGGUAUAGGAAAGACCACCAUUGCAAGAGCUGUAUUUGAUCGAAUCUGUAAUCAAUUCGAAGGAUUCCACUUUCUUGCAAAUGUCAGGGAAAAUCUAAGAAGGUAUACUGCAGUUGAUUUACGAAACAAACUUCUUUCUAAAAUAUUAGAUGAAGAUAAUCUACUUGAGCAGCCUCCAAGUUUGGCAGUUGCUUUUACAAAGGAUUGUCUCCGCCGCAAAAAGGUUCUUAUUGUCCUGGAUGAUGUGGAAAACUCGAGGCAAUUGCAGGAGUUGUCACUUGGGGUGCAUGAUUUGUUUGGCCCAGGAAGCAAAAUCCUUGUAACAAGCAGGGAUAAGCAAGUGCUUAUAAAGAAUGGAGUUGAUGCCAUAUAUAAGGUGCAAGGACUGAACAAUCAUGACGCCCUUCGACUCCUGAUUUUGAAUGCCUUCAAGAAGAACUGUCCCAAGAGGGAUCACAUAGAGUUGUUAGAGAGGAUGGUAGAUUAUGCAAAAGGUAAUCCGUUGGCUCUGAUAGUCUUGGGUUCCUCUCUUUAUGAUAGAAGCAAAGAGAAAUGGUACAGUGCAUUGAAUAAGUUGGGGAAAGUUCCAAACCCUGAAAUUCAAAGGGUGUUGAGGAUUAGUUACGAUGGAUUAGAUGGGGAACAGCAGCAAAUAUUUCUUGAUAUUGCAUUCUUUUUCAAUGGCGCAGAAUGGAACCAUGCUGUAAAAGUUUUAGACAGUUGUUAUUCCUCUCUGCAGUUUGACUUGAGCAUUCUCAUUGACAAGUCUCUAAUCACCAUUUCUCAGAACACACUAGAGAUGCAUGAUAUACUACAAGAAAUGGCUUAUAGCAUCGUUCGUGAAGAAUCUAAGAAUCCUGGAAAACGCAGCAGGUUGUGUGAUCAUGAAGAUAUCUAUCACGUACUGAAGAAAAAGAAGGGAACUGAAGCAGUUGAAGGCAUUUGUUUGGAUAUAUCUAAAAUGCCGGAGAUGCACUUGGAAUCCGACACAUUUGCAAGGAUGAAUAGUCUCAGGUUUCUUAAAUUCUACCAUCCCUUUUACUUCAUGGACUCCAAAGACAAAGUGCACCUUCCUCUGAGUGGCCUCAAAUAUCUCUCUGAUGAACUGAAAUAUCUCCACUGGCAUAGAUUCCCUGCAAAAUCUCUGCCACGAAAUUUUUGUGCCGAAAACAUUGUUGACCUUACACUACAUUCUAGCAGAGUUGAGCAACUUUGGACGGGGGUACAGGUACGAUUUGUUUUUGCUAUGGAAUGCGAUAACCUUGUCAGCCUUCCAAGUUUCAUUGAAAAACUUCCUGUGCUGAAAUAUCUUAAAUUGAAUUAUUGCAAAAGUCUUCUUUCUCUACCAGAGCUUCCACCGUCACUAGAAUUCUUGGAGGCAGUUGGUUGUGAAUCACUGGAAACCUUAUCAAUCGGCAAAGAAAGCAAUUUCUGGUACUUGAAUUUUGCAAAUUGCUUCAAAUUGGAUCAGAAGCCACUCUUGGCAGAUACACAAUUGAAAAUUCAGGUCACUUUCUCUUCCUCUUCCUCUUCACGCGAAGUCACGAUUAUUUUACCAGGGAGUGAAAUUCCAGGAUGGUUCUGUGAUCAAAGUAUGGGAUCUUCGGUAGCCAUAAAGUUGCCCACAAAUUGCCAUCAACACAAUGGUUUUGCCUUCGGCAUGGUCUUUGUAUUCCCAGAUCCUCCAACAGAAUUGCAAUGCAACAGGAUAUUUAUAUGUGAAUGCCAUGCUAGAGGUGAAAAUGAUGAACAUCAUGAUGUCAUUUUCAAUUUGAGUACUUGUGCUUAUGAACUCCGAUCAGUUGAGUCAGAUCAGAUGUUACUCUUGUACAAUCCCUGCGAGUUCGUAAAACGAGAUUGCAUCAGCCAAUAUUCUGGAAAAGAAAUUUCAUUUGAAUUUUACCUGGAUGAGCCGUCAGGGCUUCAGAAUCGUUGCAAGGUGAAAAGGUGUGGAGUUUACCUCCUGGAUGAGUGAUUUCCACCCAGCAGUGAGGUUUUUGUGUUUUCGUAAUGAAUAAUUCAAGAUUUUUGGAAAUCAAUCAGAGUAUAAUAUUAUGGGAGCUUGCGUUGAUUGCUGCCUCCUGCUAUAAUGAUGGCAUCGACUCGAAACAGAGGAAGAGAAGAACUGAUAAGCUGGAAGAGGAACCACGCCAUAUCUGGUUUAACACUAUGAAUGAUCGAGAUUCCAGCAGGACAGACCAAGCAGAGUCUUUUUUGUGAGAUGAUUGUGUAAGAUAAUGUUUAGUUUCCUCAAAUGAACGUAGAACUAAAAUUCUUACUUUGUUAAUCUUGUAAACUUAACGUUGUAUAAGAGCUUAAAGACAAAAUAAGUA